CUUCGAUUUAAAAAACCGCCCGGCUGCUUCUACUACUUCCGAGUCCUCCGAGUCCUCUUAUUCCAAGUAAGUCUUUCUUUCUUCUUCCUCGAGUCAUGUCUGACCACGAAGACAGCCAGAACCCUUCCGCCCAUUCUUACGGUUCUGGUGACCGGGCUCAGACCUCCGGUUCCUCCUCUUCUUCAUCCUCUGAUUCUGAGCGCCCGGCUACUUCUCCACAGAAGAAGCCGGUUGAUGCUUCCACUUGUGCUCCUUCUUCUUUCGUGGCGCAAGUGAUCUCGGUUGCCCAAUCUGGGGAUGAGGGCUUCGUUCUGCUGGAUGACCGGUUGCUUCAAACGCAAUCGUCGGUCAUGCAGAAGGCCCAGGUCCACGAGGUGCGCAACCUGAUGCCGGACGGGUACCAAUUAACUUACCGGGAAACGUGGAAGAGCAUUAUUCCUCUCCAUGCCGGUACGUCGAUUGGUAUUCAUUACCACUCAAUCAAGGACCUGGGCGAAUUCUCCAUUCACGCAUUCAAAGUCCUUUUCCUUGAAACAUACGGUAUCAUGCCCGGGCAGCUGGCCCCUAAUGGUCAUCGUUUGCUGGGCAGCUUCAUCAAUGUCUGCCGGUUCCUUUGUAUUCCUCUUUCCCUACGUCUCUUUGACCACAUGUUUGAUGUCCGGCCCGGGUCCAAGGAGACCCUUGGAUUCGUGGUGGUGUCUUCUCACCAAGAGGGGAAAAGAAUGAAGAGCCAGGUCAAACCAACAGAGGCCGAUGACCUGGUUGCCUGGGAAACCACUCUUCGGGCCGGGGAUGCCUCCACCCGCGGUCUUUACCAUGUCGGGAAGUGGAGCGUCUACCGCGGCCGGGAGACUGACCCUGAGCCGGAGAUUGCCCUUACUGGGGUGAUCCCCGAAGCCAUCCCCAUCAGCCGAGCGAGGGGAUCCAAAGCCCUGGCCACAGCCACCGCCGGUCCUUCACGCCCGGCGAAAAAGAAGAAGGAGAAAGAUACCCUGGAGUUCGACCAGCUGAUGGAGGCUGGUCAAGCAAACCAGCUGGCCGAGGGAGGCCACGAAGAAGAGGAGGCUGAUGAAGAGUCCCUUAAAAGGAAGAGGCGGAAGACUGAAGUAGUCGACCAGCCGGCUCAUCAAGCAGCCCAGUCCUCCGAUGUCGGCAAAAGGCAAGGCCAGCCCCGGUCAAUGGCUCUAAUGUCUAGAUCGGACGAAGAGCUCCUCCAAGCCUUCCGCGCCGACCUGACUGAGGUGGGUCGGAUUGGCGAGGAGUACUUCACCCGGCUGGUGAAGUCAAGGGACGAGGAAAAGGCCCGGAUGGAGGCCAUGAUGGUCGAAUGCCGGAAAGAGGCUAAGGCCGCUUUUGAGAAGGCGGCGAAGGCAGAAGAGAAGCUGAUGGACCAUUGUGCGGUCUACCGUCAGCUGUAUGCGAAGCAUGACGGUCUCCUCAAGGCCGCGAAGGAGGCCGAUGAGCAAGCUCGGAAAGGGCUCCUCUUGCUGCUGCCUGGGCUGUCCAAGCGCCCGAGGAGUUUGCUGUCCAAGCACUUCCUGAACGGGGGACAGCCAUCCGCUUCUUCCAAGGUUUAUACAAGCACGAAGUCUCGGCCGGGAUCAUUGACGAGAUCGGAACCUACGGUUUCGAAAGCGGUCAGUACGAUGAACGGCGGGCUCGAUCUAUAUGGUAUCCUUGAGCAGCGGAUUCAAGGUUUCUAGCCCAAGGCUCUUUCUCUGCCUGAGCUGCAUGAUGAGGCACCGGUUGCGCCUUUCCCGGGCAUCUGAUUUACAUUCUCUUUUUUUGUUUACCUCCCGUGUGUAAUGAUCUGCCUCCGGGCACUUUUGUAAGACACUUAAAUAUUAUUGCAAGUGUUUUCUCCUAUAUUCUCUUCAACUUAACCGUUUAGAUUAGUAAAUACAGUCCAGCCGC